AUGAUGCAAGCAUCUAUAGUCGGUAAAAUUUUCAAGACACUCUCUACGCCAAUUGCUCGGGCCGUUAAUAAUUAUACCACCCAGCCUUCCACUUCAAAAACCGUAUUUUUGGUUUCUAGAAGGUUCUAUUCAACUCCGUUGGCACAUCAGGUUCCAAAGCUUUCUCUUACUUAUACAUGUAAAGUCUGUAAUUCUCGGCAGGGUCCCAAAACAUUUGCAAAAUCAUCGUACGAGAAAGGAGUUGUAAUAGUUACAUGCACUGGAUGCCACAAUCACCAUAUCAUUGCCGACAACAUCGGAUGGUUUGAGGAUUUCAAAGGUCGAAACAUCGAAGAAAUCCUGAAAGAGAAAGGGGAAGAAGUGAAACGCGGAAUCACAAUUGACAAUAUGUAUUGCGCUAAUAAAACCAAUUAUCUGUCGGAUUUCAAUGCCUCCGACGACCACGGCGAUGUGAACGCGGAUGAUCUUCAAAAGCGCGUUCUUGGAUUAUCCGCAUUUCUUGAAUCCUAUCAACUGGAUCAUCAACUAAAAGCGGCCAUCGAUUUUGAGUUUUUCGGAUUAGACAUGAAUUCUGUCAGUUUAUUUGAUUCGCCGGAGGAAAGAUAUGAAAAACUUUGCAAAACCGUCAAAACGUAUCAGCCGUCGCAAAUUUUCGAAGAAGGAAUCACAUUUUGCAAUAGAAAAUCCUUUGAGGCAUUCGAGAAGAUCCUAGAUAGAAACGCAUCCAUUUUAACAUACUUCACAAAGUCGGUGAAGAACGCAGUUUAUUACGUAAAUUUGAAAUUACGCCUGGAGAUGAACGAUUUUGAUAUUAAUAAGGAGAAAAUGGUAUGGGAAGAUGAGCUUACUGAGAAUUUGGAAGUCGAAAUAAAUGAGCAAAUUUCUCAUUUAGAAUUGUUGGCUGUGAUUUAUGAAUGCUCAAGAAGCUAUGAUGAUGUUGAAUUCGAAGUUGACGAAACCGGAAGGAAGAUUCGAAUUUCGAAAUUUACAGAUGACCUUGAGCAAUAUCGAAAUUCGAUUAAAACAAGGUUGCUUGCCAGUUUUCGUGGAGUUUCUGCUAUUUUUGAUCUGAUCUCGAAUAUUAAAAUGCCAAUCAUCGGCCAUAAUUGUGUAUUGGAUUGCAUGUACAUGUAUCAUUAUUUGAUUGACGACUUGCCAAACACAUUGACGGAAUUCAAGGAAAAAUUCAGUGAGGUUUUCAAUACUGUGAUCGAUAACAAAGUCAUAUUCAGCUAUAUUUCUGAGGUGUUCUAUUCAAAUCAGAUUCGUGAUAGCAAUUUGAACACAUUGUGCGACUUUUUUAUGACUCCAAAAGCGGAAAAAUUAAUCCAUCCAAUGAUUGCCGACAUGGAUUGUCGUCGGUAUAGCGAAGAAUUCAAGGGAUCAAAAUAUCAUAAUGCCGCUUUCGAUGCAUAUAUUACUGGAAACACUUUCAUCAAGCUUGCGCAUAUUUAUCUCAACGAAAAAGGGGAGACGAAUAUUUUCGAAUGGAAGAAAAUUGCGGCGGGUCUCGAGGCUAAUGUCACGAAUCGUUUGCAUAUGUCAUUGUUUGAAAAUGCUCAUUGGAAUUUGAAAGGAGAAGAUCCAAAGGGAUUUCGACCUGACAUUGUCAUAUUGGAAAAAAUUAAUGGAUCCGAGAUCACGCAUCUAGAUAUGGUUCAAGAGAAUUUAGCACUAAAAUGGCUUACAAAUAGCUUCAAAAUUGAUACGAGAAUUUCGAAAAAUCGAAAACAAAUUGAAAUUGCGACGAAUUCGGAGAACACGACAUUUGAAGAACGAUUAAUGUCGCAUCGUACAAUCAAAGACGAACUUGUCAAUGAUUUGAAAUGUCUUCGCGGAAAAUUCAAGGAAUUUGAGCGCAUUGUCAACAGCGAUCGAAUUGUCGCCAAAACGCAGACGAGCCCCUCGCUGUCUGUAUUCGUCGGAAUCUCGUUAGCUGUAGUUCUUCGAGCUGUUUUGUACUUGAAGUAA